UCAACGACAGCCAGCCCGUGAGUCUACGAUGGCACUAGCGGCUGCUCUUGUUUGGUUGAUGCCUGAUGGUGGUAGAGUUUCCUGUUAAUUAAUUAGUCUAAACCAAAGGAAAAUGUAACCAAACAAGACAUCCAAUCCAAUCCAAGACGCUGAGAAUAGCAGCUAGCUUUUCCAUCCACGGUUUAUUCUCGGCAAAACCACCACCACCACCUGGAUUGGAUUGCACGGCCAAUUAGUUGCCCAAGAAAAAGAAAGCGACAAUUCUUGCCUGUUUCCGUCCAUCAAGAAACCAUCAUGUAUCUGAAGCCACUUCUAGUAGUCAUUCUAUUUUCAUGCAUCUUACUCCGUCCUGAUCAGUCUAUGGUCGCCCUUUUUAGUGCCGGAAAUCCCCCAGCAGAGCCGCAUUACUUGGGCGAUGUUGCUGUUGACUGUGGCUCUAUUGGCAACUCAACUGCACUUGAUGGCCGUGAAUGGAUCGGAGAUACAGGCUCAGAAUUGAUGUCUUCACUGCAACCAAAAGGCAGAACAAGGAGCUCAAUUGCUGUCAACAAAUUAUCCUCCGUCGACGGUGUUCCGUACAGAACUUCAAGAAUUUCUGCAACUCCAUUCCAGUACACCUUUCGGGUCACCCCAGGUCAGAUAUUCUUGCGCCUGCACUUUUACCCUGCUUCUUACCGCGGUUUUGAAAAGUCUCUGGACCUUUUCACUGUAAAAGCUGGUCCUUUCACCCUCCUAAGGGACUUCAGUGCUUCACUUACUGCUGAUGGUUCUGGUGAAAAAUAUGUUGUCAAGGAAUUUUGUUUGAAUGUAGAAGUAAAUGCAAAAUUGAACGCAACUUUCUCUCCCUCUAAGAGCAGCAAGUUAAAGAAAGUACACGCUUUCGUCAAUGGAAUCGAGAUCAUUUCCAUACCGGCCGGUCUCUAUUACACGUCUGAUGGUGAGUUAGGUGCCCGCAUGGUUGGUCUGAACAAUCGGUUCUAUAUUAUCGAAAACAGCACUGCACUUGAAGUGGUUCAAAGGUUGAAUAUUGGAGGGGGCUCUAUCUCGCCAAUAGAAGAUUUUGGCAUGUUUCGAAGAUGGAGUGAGGAUUCUAAAUACUUGCAGGAAUCCGGAGUUCAUCGAGUCAGUCAUCUGACUAACAGGAUUAAGUACACAAACAUGCCAGCAUUUGUUGCUCCACCAAGGCUUUACCACACUGCUUGGAAAAUUGGAAGAGGUAUAAGAGGAAAUGAGAUGUACAAGUUUACAUGGAAAAUACCUAUAGAUCUGGGCUUUGGCUACUUAGUCAGGCUUCAUUUCUGUGACUUCGAUGCUGGUAUGACAGAAAGCAGGCAAAGGGAAUUCACCAUCCACAUAAAUAAUCACAUAGCUGAGAAUAAGGCUGACUUGAUCAGAUGGAGUGGCGGCACUGAUAUCCCAGUAUACAGGGACUAUUUGGUGAUGGUGAAAGGAGAGAAAGAAGUCAGGAAUUAUGAUCUCUUGAUUUCCCUACAAUCAGUGGAUGAGUUGGUUUUUGGACUCCUUAAUGGACUAGAGGUCUUCAAGUUGAGCAAUCCUGACAACAGUCUUGCGACUCCAAAUCCUUUAUUUCCAAGACGAGCGUCCAAAAUUUGGAACCUGAAGAUUCCAAACUUGUUCUCAGCUUUUGGCCAGAGCAAUGCUGUUUCAACAGGUAUGACAAUCAUAAUUAUCUUGCUAAGCAUAAUACUCUAUAACUUGAAGGAAAGUUGGGAACAGAGCUUCAUUGAAGAGAAAAACAGUCUGUCAGCCCAAGAUGAAUCAUCUUGUCGUCGAUUUUCACUUGCUGAGAUCAUGGCAGUAACCCAAAACUUUAGCGAUGCAUUUUUUAUUGGAAAGGGGGGAUUUGGUAGUGUAUACAAAGGAUCCAUUCCUGGAAUUUCAAAGACUGUUGCCAUAAAGAGGUUGAAUCCAAAUUCCAGGCAAGGGGCUCGUGAGUUUUGGGCAGAAGUUGAAACACUUUCCAAGCUCCACCACAUACAUCUCGUCUCUUUGAUAGGCUACUGCAAUGAACGCAAGGAGAUGAUCCUUGUAUACGACUACAUGUCUAGUGGCACACUUGCGGACAAUCUUUAUAAAGCUGCCAGAAACGGGAAGGACUGUGUUCCACUCCGUUGGGAGCAAAGGCUUAGAAUCUGCAUUGGUGCUGCUCGUGGACUUGACUAUCUUCACACGGGCUCUGAAUAUGGAGUCAUACACCGUGAUGUCAAGGACACAAACAUCCUGUUGGAUGAGAAUCUCGUGGCCAAGAUUUCAGACUUUGGUCUAUCCAAAUUGGAAAAGUUUACCCAAUCAAGGAGCUAUGUUAGCACAAAAAUAAAAGGAACUUUUGGUUACUUGGAUCCAGAUUAUUUCAUGACUCAAAAUUUGACUAGAAAAACAGAUGUCUAUGCCUUUGGCAUUGUGAUGUUGGUUGCUUUAAGCGGGAGACCUGCAGUGGACUCCAGAAAUCCAGAGGAACCACGGAGUUUGCUAUCAUGCUUCAGAGACUGCAUUGCAGAAGGGGAAGUUGAUAGGAUUGUUGACACAAGUUUACGGGGGAAAAUACCAUCCAACAGCUUAAGAGAAUUUGUGAAAUCUGUGGAAAACUGCUUGCAGCAUCAGCCCAAGAAACGACCUACAAUGGCUCAAGUGGUUGCAAACCUCGAGUCUGCAUUGGAGCAGCAGGAUAGCACCAUAUUUUCAUUAAGAAAUUCAGCUCCUUUAGUUGGCCAGUCUUCGCAGAUUGGAACUCCCGAGUCAAUAAAGUUUGUCAAGAGCGAGGUGGCUCAUACAGAUGAGGAGCGUAAUCAGAGUAAGGUAGCCCAAUUGCAAGACGACAUCCAGUGUCCAGUAGCCCAAAUAGAUGAGUUGAGUGCCAUGGCUCCUCCAAAUGAAGAAACCAAAAGUAAGCACAGCCAGAAUCUUGCCUUUCCAGUUAGAGGAAAACCAACUUGGAGCGGGUGGCCAUGGAAAGCAGCUCGGCAUAGAGGGAAGGCAAUGAAGACAACAGAAUUAGUCUCACCAAAUGAUUUGGUUCCACCAAGUGAUUCUGGUCCUCGCUUUUCAAUUGAAGACAUCCGAGCAGCCACUGACAAUCUCGUUGAUGGCUUUGCUAUCACAAAUAAUGGAUCAUGGAAAUUUUGCAUUGGAUUUAUCCAGCAACUAAAGAUGACAGUUUCCAUUUACCAGUUUCAUUUUGAAAUAUUUGGUCGGGAGGUUUUAGAACUAUGCCGUGAGAUUGAGAGACUAUCACGAUUGAGACACCCCAACUUGCUGUCUUUGAUUGGGUAUUGUUACCAUGAAGAUGAGAAUAAGAUAUUCAUCGUCUAUGAUCAUAUUGGCUCCAUCAGCCUCGACAAACAUCUCUAUGGAACCAGAAAUGUUCUUCCAUGGAAGUGCAAACUCCGCAUUUGCCUCGGUGUAGCACAAGGGCUAGGUCACCUGCAUGGGAGUCUGGGGCAAGCUACCAUCCAUCACGACUUGAGGGCGGCAAACAUACUCUUGGACGAGGACGGGAAUCCAAAGAUUUCUCUAAUCGGCUUGUACAAAGUAAGCCAUGUGCAUCAGCUUGCUAAGCCCUCAACCAAAGUUCAAGCAACAGGCGUGGAGUAUUUGUCUCCUGACUCCAAGACCACUGAUUCACAAUCAUUUGAAAAAUCUGAUGUGUGCUCAUUUGGUUUGUUGUUGCUGGAAGUUCUAUGUUGUCGAAGACCAAUAGAUUCUGAGCUAGAUCACGAUAACGGUGACAGGUACCUUAAACAUUGGGUCAAAAAUAACAUCAAAACCAAGAAGCUUCAUCAGAUUCUUGACUUCAAUUCCAAAAGGGAAAUUGCAGCAGCAUGUUUUGCUGAAUUUCUGAGGGUUGCCUUUAGCUGCUUGCUGGUCUGCGAAACUGAACGGCCACCGAUGGAUGAUGUUAUCAAGAAAUUAGAGUCCGCAUUGAAGUUGCAAGAGCAAGCAGAAGCUAUGAAGCAAGAUUUUAAGGGAAAAGGCUGUGAUGAUGGUUUCAAUCUGGAGGAUAUUUACCAUGAUAUAUCAAUAUCAAAUCUUGCGGACAAUUGAAGUGUUUAAACCACCAUCACCUCACUCGCGCUUGCAAAUUCUAGACGAGGCAAUUUCAUGCAAGUUGUUAGUUGUUGAUGCCUAGCUGAUUGUUGUAGAUUUUCCAUUUUAGUGUCACAGAUUACCAAUUAGAGCCACGGUUCAACUAUUUGGGCCGAUUUUUUUUUUUUUUUUUUUUGUGAUUUUUUUUUUUUUUUUUUUUUUGUGAUUUGUAAACUUCAAUCAUACAUGUGGUGUGCUAUCAGCUAUGUUUAAAAAUAAGUUGUUUGCUAACUAAACAAAAUGAAGAUGUGGAGUGCUAUGAUACAAUGGUUAUUUGUCUCGAAUCCAAACACAGCUUUCUUGUAUUCCUUUAAAAGAAGGCUAGUAGACUUGCAUAAUUUGAUAUUAUUAGUGCUACUGUUAAACAGAACUCCAAUGAGCCAACUGACUUGAGAUGAUACUUUGCUUGGAAGGGCUCAUAGUUCAAUUGAACAUUGACUCAGUACAAAAUUAGGCACAAAAAGAAAUUUCUAAAGCAGAACUUUCGCCUGACUAAUCAAAUCAAUCAAAUUCUAUUCUAUUUCCUUAAACCAAGUUUCUACUCUUACUUUGUCUCAUCUCUAUCCAUAUUAUUAUUCUAAGGGUUUACUCUAAUGCCUCUCUAGUGAACACUAGUUUGGACAAAUGAAACUAAGUUGCGAAAGUGUAUAAAUCGAAUGAAACCAGUAAAUGUGACUGCACACAUUCAAAAAGGUAAAAUUAGCUACAAAAUAGGUUUUACUAACUAGUGCCUCAGCAUCUGCUAGCAAAAUCUUUAGAUGUUGAACGUUAUAUAUACAUCUUUUGAAGCAAGGCAAGUUGCAUUUUGGUAUAUCUACUUCUGGUCUAGAUGACGCUCUAUAUGACCAACAUAAUCAAAUCUAAGGUCUCCUAUUAUGCAUUUGGAAAACAGCUGCUAGAUGAUUUAAUAUGUUUUUAAGGACUACGUUUCCGCAUUUAUAACAUUUUUUUGAUUUCCAGAUGCCUGUAAGUGCUAAAGAUCCCACGCUUUUGGACUUCUUGAUGAAGAAAUGGAGCAUCUUUUCUUGCGUUUUCUGAUAAACUGUCAAGAAAGACAAUCAACUAACUUGAUAUGGUACUCAAGACCGCAAAAUGGUUAGUAAUAUGUACUCCAUUAACUGGAAUGAUCAAAAAGGAAUCGGAAGUUGCUCUAUCUGAUUACUGUAGAUUUGUACUUACUAAUCACCAUAAACUAUAAUCCCCGUACAUUAGACAAAAAAAAACAGAAAACAAAAGAUCAACUACAACAUUGCAAAAGACAUCUCACAAUUACAUCUGGCCAAACACCUUGUAUGCACAAAAAAAGUAUGUAGAAAGCUGAAGCAAGAAAUGAAAAAUCGUUGAGAAGAAGGGGUACUAGUUAGUAGUGCUAAAGGAGGGUAAUGAGGAUGAAGAUGAGGAGGGCUGCAAUGAAGGAGUACUUGAGAGCUGCCAGCAAGAUUGCUAUUGAAAUCACAAACAGCUGCCACAGCACCUGCACGCUUGCCCAGGCCAACACCCCAGUCAAUCCGACCGCCACCACGUUAUCCGGGUCUGGGUUCAACAGCAGAUCAACCCAUUUCAGAUUCAAUCCCGGCCCCCGUUCGUCCCCUUCUCACCGCCAUUAUCACCAUAGAUUCCGUUGCUGUUAGUAUUAUUAUCAUCUUUGAGCCCUUCCUUGCUCAAUGGAUUGCUACUGUCUUCCCCGUUAUUACUUUUGUUGUCAUCAGACGCCCGGACCAAAAGCAAGAAUUUCUUGCGGAGAUUAAAUUGUGGGCUGUGGGAUUUUAGGGGAAAGUAGUUGCGGAAAUUAAAGGGAACAACAGUAGUAGAAGAAGAGGG